AAAAUAUCAUUCUCUUUGUACGAAGAAAGGGUUUUGUGGUUUGCUGUCUUUUCUGAAAACUGAAUUCCUCAAAGUACUUGGUGUAUUUUGCAUUCCCGAGACACAUCCCCGAGAUCAUCCAUCAUGGCGGCUCCCUCUGAUGUCACACUGAAGACGCUCAACGGCAAAUAUGCUCUGAACAAGUCCCUGUCGGAUGACAACGACCCGGUCCUCAAGAUCCAGGGCGUGGGCUGGAUCCAGCGCAAGGCCAUCAGCGCGGCCAGUCUAGAGCUGAGCAUCAAGGUCUACGAGGAGGGCGGCGUGACCCACCUGGACACGGGCAUCAAGCCCUCGCUGGGCCCUGCCUCCACCGAGGAGCGCGUCCUGGACUGGGUCACCGAGGUCGACGUCAAGCACCCGCUGUUCGGCAACGGCAAGGCCCAGAGCAAGUGGGUCAAGGUCGAGGAGCUCGACGACGAGUACCUCUCCAAGGGCUGGGAGGAGGGAACCACCGACCUGGUCCUCGUCCAGAACACCAUGGACUCGGGCGUCGUCACCAAGCUGGUCCACGGGUUUGAGGUCAUCAAGGGUGAGAGGCACUAUGUGAGGCACAUUGUGUGCAAGAAGGGCUCCGAGGUCGCCAAGGUGAAGCUGGUCUACGACUACAUCGGACCCAACUAAGGGGUUCUUGUUUUUGUUUUUAUCUAAACGAAUAGGGAAUAUCUGGCUAUGGGAUGUAUAUAUGAGGAACAAUCGAGGGUGUUGAGACUGGCAGUGUAGACAUGUAGGCAGAUAUACAA